GUGUAGUCACGUGGGCCUGCCGGCUCCCCAUGGUAACGGCGGCGGCGGGUCCGGCGGGUCCGGCGGGCGGCCAGCAAAGAUGCUGCUGUAGAUGACUGACUUGCUUGUGCCUCACGUGCUAUGGCUCUACAUGGCCUCUUCAGGACCAGACCAUGCUAAUCUGGGCCCCAAACAGGAGAAGAGUGUUGGGCCCAAGUCAGGCACCCUUCUGGCUGGGAGACCUCAGCCGUGCUGGGCCUGGCGCCUCUCUCAGCAGCAGGCGAAACCCGCCUGGAAUUUAGAGAAGAGGUAUGUGAGUGCUUUCCAGGAUCGAAUCCUGCUGCCCUCAGGGAUCCCUCUGCAGCAAUCCUGCUUCUUGUGCUCACCGUCACUAUGCCACGCACAGCCCACUGAAGACAGCCUCCAAAGCCCUCCUGGCACUGCCUCUGCCACGGGAAGGGCAAUGUCUUCCUCGCUGAUGGAACCCUGCCUGCUUCCUGUGCUGGUGGAGGAGCAGUCUGGGACUGGGGUCAAAGGCUCUGCCCUCAGCUCAGGUCAGCAGGCUGCCAGCUCCUAUAGACCAGUGCUCAAUAACAACUCCUUCCUACGUCCAAGCAGUGCUAAAGUGCCUUUUCUGCAGUCACUGGAGAUCAAAAAGGUGGAAAAACCCCACAGUUCUCCUGCUGCCUCAUGGCUCCACUCUGGGGGCAAUGGAGACAGCUUCUCUAGCAGCCUGAUCAAUGGAGCGGUGACAAACAGUGACCUUGUGUUGAAGAAAACCAUGGUCCCCUCCCUGACCCUUGUGCCAAGCAGUGCUGUCCUCAGGAAGGACCAGUGCUCAUGGCAGGACACUCAGAAGAGAGUUCACAGCUCAAAAGAGAAGGAGCCGGAGAAGAGCCUCUUGAAGGCUGUGCAGCAGCUAGCCAGUCAGGCUGCCGCACGCAACGGCUUUGGGUGCCAAGUCAGAAGUUCUGGCCUUACAAAGGUGGGCAGCCUGUCCAACUGGAACAGCAGGAGGAGGCAGCACGUCGGAGCGCAGCUCACCCCAAAAGACACUAUUGCUCCUCUGAACUUGGAGCGGGGGAGCCAUCGCCUUAACAGUAACUCGAGCCUUAGGGGCACCAGUGGUGCCGUUGCCUGCACUAACCGUGUCAGCGUCUGUCCUUUGGCCUCACGUGCUGGUGCUCCCGAUGGCAGCUCCGACUGCCGGCUCGUGGGCACGCACAGCCCGCGUGCGGGGAAUCAGGUGGUGAGAGCUGAGCCUCUACACCUCGCUGCCAUCUCUGAAGUGACAAAACAGAUGUCCACCAUUCAACUGGAAAAAGAGAAGAAAUGGGUCCAGGCUGUUGUCCAAGGAAAGCUUGAUGCCACUGUUGAUCAGUCACUGCUGGAGCCAAGCCAUCCCCAGGAUGAAGCAGAGGAAGAACUUCCUGAUGGCCUGGACGAGAGCUGCAGUCAAGAGGAGGAUGAGGACAGUGACUCGGAUGCUUCCUCUGUUACUGAUGUGUCAUCCAGUGGCUCCAUGAGUCUUGUAUCCAGGAAUUGCAUCAAGUGCCUGGCCCAGCCUGCUGAGGCUCAGGAAAAAGUGCUCAAACCAGCUCUUGUCUGCAGUUUAUUCCCUAAUGUGCCUCCAACUAUCUACUUCAGUACUCGGGAUGAGACAGUGGAAAAACUGCCUUGGGAGCAGAGGAAGCUGCUGCGAUGGAAAAUGUGUGGAGUCACACCGAACAUUGUGAGGCAAACUGUUUGCAGGUCCCACUUCAGAGUUAGCACAAAAAGCAAUGACUGGCUGGGUUGCUGGGGCCACCACAUGAAAUCUCCCAGCUUCAGAGCCAUCAGGGAGCACCAAAAGCUAAACCACUUCCCCGGCUCAUUUCAAAUUGGGAGAAAAGACCGUCUGUGGCGCAACCUGUUGAAGAUGCAGGCUCGCUGUGGGAAAAAGGAGUUUAACUUCUUCCCUCAGUCCUUCAUCCUGCCACAGGACAUCAAAUUACUCAAGAAGGCGUGGGAGGAAGGAGCUAGCAGACAGAAAUGGAUUGUGAAACCACCAGCAUCAGCAAGAGGCAUUGGUAUCCAGGUCAUCCACAAAUGGAGCCAGCUCCCCAAAAGGAGGCCGCUGUUAGUACAGAGGUAUCUGCACAAACCCUACCUCAUUGGCGGGAAGAAGUUUGACCUGAGGAUCUAUGUUUACGUCACUUGCUACGAUCCCCUCAGGGUCUACCUGUUCAAGGAUGGAUUGGUUCGCUUUGCCAGCUGCAAGUACUCCUCCUCGAUGGAGAGCCUCAGCAACAAGUUCGUGCAUUUAACCAACUACAGUGUGAACAAGAAGAACACAGAGUACAAGUCCAACUCGGAUGAGACUGCUUGUCAGGGACACAAAUGGGCACUCAAAGCUCUCUGGAAUUACCUGACCCAGAAGGGAGUGAAUAGUGAGGCCAUCUGGGAGAAGAUUAAGGACAUCGUUAUCAAAACCAUCAUUGCAUCUGAGCCGUACGUGAACAGCCUUGUGAAGAUGUACGUGCGCCGACCAUAUUGUUGCCAUGAGCUGUUUGGGUUUGAUAUCAUGCUGGAUGAAAACCUCAAGCCCUGGAUCUUAGAGGUCAAUAUUUCCCCAAGCCUCCACUCCAACUCGCCUCUGGAUGUGAGCAUCAAGGGCCAGAUGGUUCGAGACCUUCUCAACCUUGCUGGCUUUGUUCUGCCCAGCAUGGACAGCGUGGCCUCAAGGCCAGAGACAAGAAGUAGCUCUACCUGCAGUCUGGACAGUGCUUUGAAAGAAAAGCCCAAGCCAGUGUCUGAGCAUUUCAGAGCAGAGAAGAUGAAGCAGGCCUAUUACUCGAUGCAGAAGAUACCUGACCAGGAUUUUUAUUCUUCUGUCUUGGAUACCCUGACCCCAGAUGAUGUUCGCAUCCUGGUGGAGACAGAGGAUGAGUAUUCCCGGCGUGGGCAGUUUGAGAGGGUGUUCCCCAGCCACAUCUCUAUGCGGUACCUGCGCUUCUUUGAGCAGCCUCGUUACUUCAACAUCCUGGUGACCCAGUGGGAGCUCAAAUACUACUUGAAUAGACAGAAAGGUCUGGAGCUACUGAAGAACUGGUGUGUCAAAGGGUACCACACUGGGACAGGGACAGAUUUUGCCCAGAUGUGGUCAUUGCCAAAGUCUUUCUUCCUCCAGAAGAGUAGCAUUCAAUCUAAUGGCUUCAGCAAACUGGAACUGGGCAGACUGGGUACACACCUCCCUUCAGCUGGUGAGGACCUUACAAGAUGCCUGGAGCCCAGCCCUACUCAGAGCUUACCUCUCAACAAGUGCACUGGUGGAGCCAACCAGAGACCUUCUGGCUGCCUCUCGGACACCGCCCUGGUGAUGUGAGCAGGCAGCCACUGGGGACACAUCAACCUACCUCAAAGGAAGAGAUGGGAGCUGGCUCUGUAGAGCGAGGACUGUGGGAGCUCCUUGCACUGCACAUUUGUUUGCGGGGCUGUUUUUGGAGAGGGAUGUUUUACUGGGCAAAGAGGAGAGCUGUGUGACUUCAGCUCUCAAAACAAAUGGCAAAGCCUGAGGAAGUGGGGUUUGUCAGGCCUUUGUCCUAGGCUGCUUUUAAAUCCUGACAUGGUGGUUUAUCUGCUGCAUGGGAGCUGGCUGAGCCUGCCCUUCUUGUCCCCAACCAGCAUAGGCUGAGCCCUUGGUUGCCUGUGUCUCUGUGUCCUGAGCUGCUGGCAGCCAAGUGUGCUCUUGCCCUGCUGCAGCCUGGGCCCUGGAGAAAAGUCCCUUAUCAGUACCCCACUCCUCUGGAAGGAGCAGGGCUUGGGACCUUUUCUGAACACCUGUGCCAACAUCCUGCCCUAACCCCAGCAUCGGGCCCUGGGGGAUAUCUCAGGCUUGCACGUUGCUGCUCAAGAGACACCAUGCGUAGCAGCAUGGCUGCAGUUUAUGGGGACAGUAGGGCUGCUGGAGAUGGAACAUCCUUCAGCCGAGCCCAUCAGCUCUCUGGUGUACCCUACAGCAUAUGUGUUCGGACUGCAGGCUGAUGCUCUUCUCUUGGACUCUGCUCUCUAUUUUCCAUUUGUUUCUCAAGGAUUUUUAUUAAAGUUUAACACUCAACUGGUC